UUCCUCGGCAGAGGGCACUCCUCUUACUGAGCAAAGCUGCGUCUGGUAAGGGAGCAGUGUUUGUGGUGUAGCUGACCUGCACAGCCAUCCUGCCAUGAGUUAGGCCAAUACAAAAGAGCUAUUUGUGUUACAAGUACUCUCCAAGAAGGUGCUGCAGAGAAGCAGCAUGUCUCCUUUUUAGCUGAAACCUGCUUGUUCUCAGUUGUGUGGGGUGAAGCUGGUAGAAUCCUGCAAGCUGACAAGAACAAGGGCACAGGUGCAGGAGUUCAUGGCCAUCACAAGGUGACAGUAAAAAAAAAAAAAGAAGGGUUGAUGCAGUUGCCAGAGAGUGUGAGAUGCUGCCAAAUGUCUUGGAAGAAAUGCCUUGUCUCUGACACAGGUUAGUCUGGCUGCAGCCUGUGUUUUCCAAAGUGUCUUCUCAUCCUGGGGGCCACAUUGGAGGUGCCUGGGACCUGAGCUGCAAAGACAAUCAAAGUCAUUUGCCUGUAAUUACAGUCAGUGGGAACUGAGUGGAGCCAGAAUCAGAGCUGGACCUGGCUUCACUCUGAUUGUUCCAUUGAGAUUAACAAGGCGUGAAAAUGAGAACUGGUUUGCCUGAAAUGCCACCAUGCAUUACUAGGGAAGCUAAAAGUAGAAAAUGCUUUCCUGCCUUCAGGCUGCCUGUGCUCCCCUCUUAAUUCCUCUCCAAGCUCUACAAUCCCUUGCUGAUACGAUCUCCACUAUCACCCAGCAAAUACUGGAUUGUUCUCUGCAGGGUAGCCCAUUGACUGAUAGCCUUUAAUCCUUUCUGGAGGAUUAAGUCUCUCAGGAGGGAGGGACUGUUUUUAUUUUUCAGUAUGUUGGAGAUAAGAUGUGAUAGACAUAACCAGCUUUCCUGACUUGAUACACCCUUCCGGGUUACUGCCCUCAUUAUACAGUUUGGAAACCCACUCCAGAUGAUGGCUAUGAUUUUACAUGUAUGAAAACUGAUUAAUUUCUUCCCAUCCCCGGCACCUUCACCUAUUGCUUUGCUGGGGGAGUGGACAGCAUAUGCACAGCAUCCUCCCUCCCUUCCCCUGCUGUCAACCCGCAAUCCUCCCAGGCUGGCUAAGGAUUAGCUGUAUCGCAGAUGCUGCUGCCCAAAGCUGGAAAGCAUUUGCAGGCUCUCCCAGACCUGCUCAGGGCUAGCAGGACUUGCUCUGUGACAAGGGUGACUAGUUUGCAUUGCUGUACCAUGUCAAUUCUUAGUUUAGGCCAGCUUGGGGUUAUUGGUGUCCCAAAUGGUAUUUCUUUCCUGUCCUGAUUUAAAGGGUCACUUUAUUGACCCACGUUUUGUAUUAAGUAGCUUCUUCUGUCAUAAUGGCUAUUUCUGCUUCUCCCUGUAUGCCCAGGUAAUUGAGAAUUGGUUGGAUGUUUUGUAUGGAAAGAACUUUUUUCCAAGUUUUCUCAUAAAUUGUGUUACUUGGCUUGGAGUACCACAUCAGACACAUUCUCUGUCUGAACUGGCUAUAGCAGAGAAGAACUUGGCACCGAUGUUGUUCACGAUGCGACUGAUGCGUGCGCUUCGCUUCCCUCAUCUCGCCCGCCUUUGGCUGCCUAGAAUAGACGUGCUCAGCAACCAGGCAAAUUUAGAGAUGCAGGGAUGGGAAGAGAGUCUCUGCCUGGCACCUGCAGGGUUAGUAAUGGAAGAGGAGGAGGAAGGGAAACUUUGAUGCAGGAGCUCCUGUAGGAGAGUGGAAGCUCAGAAAUCCUCAGAACUGUCUCUGCAGCAGCCAGGUGAGCGCUGCCCUCCCCCCUGCUCUAACGGCCGCGUGCCUUCUGCCUCCCAACUUUGAGAUGAAAGUGAUGCUGGCAACUACCUCCACACACAGAGAGAGCUCAGCCAGCACAGCCUCUGCCAAGGGGGAGAAACCAGCCGGGGGGAGGCUGCAGGAGGCACCCGCUCGUUUGGAGAGGCCCUGUGCCUGGGGUUAGCAGCCUAAAUGUGGCUUAUGGGCAUGGAGCAUGACAUCUCUUGUCCGAGCCACUUGUCCCGACUUCUGCAGUCAUUGGAGGAGCCUGUAUCCCAAGAGAGGUAUUGAACAAAGCUGGAACGACUCUGGGAGAUGCUGGUAUCCGUUGUUUGCUGAGAAAGCAGCUAAGUCUAGACGCUAAUUUGUCAGUGGCUGAACAGAACAGAUUCUGCUCUUUAUGAGCAAAUUGCAGUGCACUAUCUCCCGCCUGCCUGUUCCUUGUGGUCCCUCUCUGGUGCCACUGCCCUGACACCUUCCCCUCCUCAUGCACCAGCUUUGGUUGCCCCUUCCAUGUUUGGGUUCGAGGUGCGUCCGUUCUUGCUGGGACUGGGCUUGUCAGUAUCCUGCCUGUGUACCCAACCUCCACCACGCUCUGUUCGCCAGCCAAGCAUCUGUGGCCUGACCGCCUCACCGGCACUGCGGCAGGAGCAGGCUGGGAGGGGCUUGGCUGACCCUUUGGAAGCGGUGGAGGUCAGACCACGGUUCCCCAACGUAAGCGCUUUCAGUAGGGACUUUCUGGUUCUGACAUCAAAGAUAAAUUUUUGGUUCACUUACUUCCUUUGCCUGUAGUGAAGCUGACAAGGGAAGCAGUAACAGCGGGUGUUUUCAGUAGUAAUGCUAGCAGCUGUUCGUACUGUGUUUUCAGUAAUCUUGUUAUUUGUUCUGGAGCUUGACUGUCAAUGCUGGUGCAUUGUGGACACCUGCAGAGGUUGGCGGUUUGGCUGCCAUCUAAGCCCUUCACUGUAUGUCCUCUGCUUUUCUACUUUGGCCACCUUGGUGGUUUUUUCACCAUUUCCGCCUUGUCUCUUUCUGCCUAAGACAGUUCUGAGCUGACUGUUUCCACAAGAAGCAAAGUGGCGUUUGUGUGGGGGUGAUUUUCCAGCAAAAGGGUGACAUGAAGAUGGAGCAGAAUCUCCCAGGCUUCACGUCCCUGAUGGCUUUUGCAGUAUCUCAGCCUGUGUGACUGCCCACCUCCAUCCUCCUCUGCUUUCACAACAAUGCUGGAGCCUUCCUAUGUGAAGUGAACACAACCAGCAAGAUCUAUCCCAGGAGCAGACGUUGAGGCAAACUUUCAAGGAAGGAGGAAAGAAUUUUCCUGAUGCUGGGACAACUGAUCAGGAUUAAGAUAAACUUGUAGCUUCCAUGCCAGCCCACAGGAAGGAGUUCUGUGGUUUAGUCACAGGUUCACAGCCCGUGAUGCACAAGAGUGUUCAGCAGCUGGAAGGAAGAGAUGACGUGCAGCUGUGAGACUGUGGCACAGUCUGUGACCUGGUUGCUGAUGGUUUCCUGCAGUUGCUUUCCUGAAUGAGCUGUGUGGAUAUGUAAUAACCAGGAAGCAGGAGAGCGUGGUAGCAGCUCUGCACCACAUGAUGAUGCUGCCCUGAAAUCCAGGCCCUGCCAGGAAGCAGAGGAGCACAGCAGUCAAGAAAAGAAAUACCAAGAGUUUCAGGUGCAAAGGAGUAUGUGUUUCCCAGGAGUGAGAAGUACCCGGUCUUCUACCAUAAAGAAAACAGCUCAGCCAUCUACAUCGGGGGAGAGGGAAAGCUUUAUUACUAUGACUUUGCAACCUAUGAGAACUACACGGAAGACUUCCCAGUGAAAAAUGAAGGACAGUGCAUGACAUCUGGGAGUUUGGAGGACAAUAAAAAUUACCUCACGUUAGUGGAGAAGUAUGGAGAUGGGAUGUUAGUGUGUGGGACUGGCGCCUGCGCUCCCACCUGCUGGAACUUGACGCAGAGAAAGGAGAGCACUUCGUGGGACGGGAGAGGUAUUGCUCCUUUCACGCCUGACUCGAAUACCCUCGUCGUUGUUGAUGGUCAUGACAUCUACUCCACCAUCAAGAAGAGCCAGCAGAACGGCAAGAUACCCCGUUUCCGUCGAGUGAGAGGGGGUGGAGAGCUCUACACCAGUGACACAGUGAUGCAGAACCCUCAGUUUGUCAAAGCCACCACGUUAAGGCACGAAGAGCCUCACCAGGACAAGAUUUACUACUUCUUUCGUGAAGACAACCCAGAUAAGAGUCCUGAGGCCCCUAGAAACAUCUCCCGAGUGGCCCAGCUGUGUAAGGAAGAUAAAGGGGGAACCAGUUCGCUUUCUGCUUCCAAGUGGACCACCUUCCUGAAGGCCAGCUUGAUUUGUGUCGACCCAGUCACCAAGGGCAACUUCAACUGGUUGCAAGAUGUCUUCUUUGUCCCUGCAAGUGACUGGCGUCGCUCCAAAGUCUACGGGCUCUUCACAAACACCUGGGGAAGCUCUGCUGUUUGUGUCUAUUCCUUUGGGGACAUUGACAAUGUGUUUCGGACAUCCAAACUCAAAGGCUAUAAUGGACCCAACCCAGAGAUCAAGCCUGGGCAGUGCGUUUCCUCUGGACAACACACCCCGAGCGAGACCUUCAAGAUUGCCGACAGCCACCCAGAGGUGGAGGACCGGGUGGAGCCCCUCUCCCCUACCAAGAGCCCCUUAUUUCACAACAAACACCGCUACCAGAAGAUCGGGGUGCACGAGGUCUCUGUGGGGGAUGGACGCCGCUACAACGUGCUUUAUCUGGCAACAGACAAGGGAUCCGUCCACAAGAUCGUGGAGCUGCUGGAUGGGGUGCAGAACAUCAUGGAGCUCCAGGUCUUCCCAAAGAAGGACCCAAUCCAGUCCAUGAUCCUGGACCACAAGAGGGCGAUGCUCUACGUUGGCUCAACAAAUAAAGUCGUAGAGAUACCGAUGGACAUGUGCGGGGUGUAUCGCAAUAACUGCCACAGCUGCUUGCUGGCGAGGGAUCCGUACUGUGGGUGGUUCAAUGGCACUUGUCAGUCGGUUUAUCUAAAUCGAGAGGUGCGUCAGAACCUGAACCUGGACCCGUGGAGAGGAACGUGCCAAAAGGGAGAUAUUAAGGAAGUAGAUGACUAUCAGAACAUCACAGUCGUCCCUUUCUCCCGCUACUACCUCAACUGUCCCAUUGAGUCCCACUAUGCCACCUACAACUGGUACCACAACAACAGCCUCAUCAAGACCUGCAACACCACCCACCCCCAGCAGGACUGCUUCCACUUCAUCCAGAACGUGAGCCACGUUCACUACGGCCACUACGUCUGCAUCUCGGAGGAGGAUGGCUUCAAGCAGGCUCUGGUGAAGGAGCGCCUGGUCAACCAGCUCAGGUUCAUGUCCCAGAAGGGCCAGGCCACCAUGACGUUUGGCUCUUGGCUGCAGCUGCUCCUGAUGGUGCUGUUGGUGGAGCUCUUCCACUGAACAUGACGGGACUGUGUUCCCACUAUCCUGGCUGCUGCCGUUCUUCCUGCACUUGCUGUCCAUUCCUGAGGCGAGAUCCCCACUCUCUUAGUCGCUCCUCGGACAUUAAUCUUUUGACUGUCCCAGAAGGGGUCCAGGGCAGCAGCCCCUCCAUCUUUGGCCUUGGUGGAAGAGUCAUGGCAAGGAAGAUGCAACGGCCAGAUGGAGCAGGGUUUGGGGACAGGGAGGGACGGGGUACCCAAAUGCGUGGGGGGACAUUCACAGUAUCCAGCAGCGUGAAGGGAGCGGCGUCAGCCUCUCCUCAAGCCCAUUGUGGUAGCUCUGUACUGGUGAUUGUCCUGAGCCUACCCUGGGUGCGGACGUUCAGGGGACUUCUGCUGAUGUGCAUGCACUGAUCCUCAGGGCACGAUGACUCCUCUCUUUGGGAACGUGCAUGUGAUGAAGAGGAGGAGCCAGCCCUUUCUAACUGGUUGAUCUGUACUUCGCUCCGAGCGGGGACUGAUGCCUCCAAGUUUUUAGUGGCUAAUGUCUGUUUGGGUUGGCAAGCAGCUGGAACGCUCCCAGUGCCACAUGUGAGUCCCCUUCUGGUCUGGAGAAUUGGGCUCUGGAAUGGUUUUACGGUUUGGCUUGUUUUACGUUUUUUUGCAGCUGGCUUUGAUGUAGGAGGGAGAUCGGGAAGUAGCACUGGAAACCUGCAAGGCAAGGGCAGGCAUGAGGUUAGCAUUUUGCAUGGAAAAGCCUCAGAAGAUGACUAGAUUUGGGGUGUGGGGAAGGACAGACUGAAGGGGACAGGAAGGGAAGGUGGAAGCAGAGCCCAAACCAAACCUGAGAGGCCCUGGGAAGAAGUUUUAAACGCACAAAUCCUCUGCAGGCAGCUAAGGGCAUUUAUCUGUGGGCAGCAGGCAGCCCCUGCUCCCAGCACCUCUCCUCCCGGAGAGGGACCGGGCUUCCUCAGGGAAAGAGGCGGCAGGCUGCUGAUCUCAGGGCGAUGCCGACGGGCCGGGGGGCGCUACGGCUGCCCCCACCGCCCGGAGCAGAUCCGCCCCUCUCCUCGCAGUGAGGGGACAGGGGAGGAGCAGGGUUUGCUUCCCUUGGGCUUUGAGGUCUUUAAGCAAGACUAAACUGUGAAAAACAGGGAUGCUCUCCCUGCGCCUGUGGGCCAGGGGUGAUCCCGCACCUUGUCCAAACCUUUCCCAGCCCUCUCGAUGGCCGGACUGCCCCAGCCUCAGGCCGUGUAACGGAGGGGGCAUCCUAUCUCAUGCUUCCAAUAACCUGUCACAGCAGCACGGCUCCUGCUUCGUGCCUGCUCAGAGACACUCAGGAGUGCCCGAGGGGUCUUUCUGGCAAGGGGGGCAAGAUGCCCCGUGCCUCUUGUGACCGCUGACUAUGGACAACGGGCUAGAGCUUCCUACUGCACUACAUUUCCAAGUUACCCCCCCCGAGUCUAGGAUAGAGCUUCUUACAUCCCUUCUCAAAGCACUUUAACUUUGUGAACUAACAAAUACCUAUUUAUUAUCAACUGAUGAUUACUGUACUUGUAUAAUUUUAUAAUAUUAUAGAAAGUGGGCUCAAAUUAGAGAAGAGAAAAAACAAACACCACGACAGCUACCAAAAAAACCUUUCAGAGCUGUGACCAAAGUGAGAAUGAGACCGUUGAAAUAAAAGAAUGGAAAAGAG